CUAUUAGGUCAAAAAUUUAUGGAACUUCAUCACAUUCUUGCCUGUCACCUUUCACUUUGUUUACAACCUUAAAAAAUCAAGGCAAUGGCACCAAGGGUGUAUCAGAAUUAAUAAUUUUAAUAAAUCUUAGUUUCCAAUUUUCGUAUUUCCAAUAAAUAUAUUUAAAUAUUUACUAAAUAAAAUGUCGGAAAAACUCGAGGAACACAUUCGAUUAUUGCUUGCUGGACAAAAUUUAAAUGAAGACACGUAUAUUGCACAUUCCGUUCAACAUGAAGCGGAUGGUGGAAAAAAUAUUUACACUACUACAGAUACCAAUUAUGUACCAAUAUGUCAAAAAACUGUGACAUAUAUUGUAGCUGCAGUAGUUGUAAAUGAUAAAAAUGAAGUAUUAAUGAUGCAAGAAGCAAAAGCUUCUUGUAGUGGAAAAUGGUAUUUACCUGCUGGUCGAGUUGAACGUAAUGAAAAUUUAAUAGAUGCUGUGAAAAGAGAAGUUUUAGAGGAAACUGGACUUAUAAUAGAACCUAAAACAUUAAUAUUAGUGGAAUGUGCAAGCGGUUCGUGGUUUCGUUUUGUAUUUACAGGUGAUAUAUCUGGUGGUAAUAUAAAAACAUCGGAUGAAGCUAACGAAGAAUCAUUGCAAGCACGUUGGGUGCAUAAUGUAGAAGACUUACCGCUUAGAUCUAAUGAUAUUAUUCCACUAAUAGAAAGAGGCAGAAAUUAUAUUCAAAAUAAGACCGGUUUACAGCAUCCUUAUAUAAUGCCAUUAUCGAAACCACUUUCCAAACUAUUAUUACAACUAAUAAUUACUGCUAAAAAAAGAGCAACGAACAAAUUACACAUGGUUACAUUGGAUACAGGAUUGCUUCAUUUGCCUGUUUGUGAAAUCAAUCCUAAUCGUAGUCUUCUUUCCACGUUGCAUAACUUCAUGACUGAAAUCUUUGGAACAGACGUGGCACCACACAAACCACAUGGAUUAUUAAUGGUGGAAUUUAGUGGAAAUCAUGAUGGAGAUGGUCUUUGUUUGACCUUAUUAGUAUCUUUUAAGUUACCAGUGGAAGAAGUACCCAUUAUUGGAAAGUACUCUUGGUAUCAAGCCUCAGAAGAUAUAGCAGAAGCUAUUACAACUCGUUUACCACGUAAUAUGACCGUGCCAUUAAAUGUGAAGAACUCUUUGGAGGUCUUCCUGGACGAUUAUGUCUCAUUGAGGGAUGUGCUUGCACAGUUGAUGAUGUUUGAUUCACACUUUUAGACUGCUGUGCAUACUGUAAUCCUUGCGGUGACUGCGCUUCAUCUGCCAAAUUCUGUUGGCUCUGUUCAGAAAAUUGAGUUUGAGUAG